AUGGUACUAACAGAACUUGGAGCGCAACUUACGAAUGCACUGCAAAAACUUCAAACAUCAACUAUUGCAGAUGAUAUUGUUAUUGAAGAAUGUUUAAAGGAAGUGGUAAGAGCAUUAAUUUUGGCUGAUAUAAAUGUUGUGUAUUUAAAAGACAUAAAAACGAAUAUAAAAAAAAAUAUUGAAAAGAAUAUUGAUAUAUAUGGGAACAAUAAAAAAAGAUUAGUUCAAAAAUAUGUUGUUGAAGAAUUAAUUAAUUUGUUAGAAGGUAAAAAAGAAUGUUAUGUACCAACAAAAGGGGGUAGGAAUGUCAUAUUAUUCGUUGGAUUACAAGGUAGUGGUAAGACAACUACAUGUACAAAAUAUGCCCAUUAUUACCAAAAAAAAGGGUUUAAAACAGCAUUAGUAUGUGCAGAUACAUUUAGAGCUGGUGCAUUUGAUCAAUUAAAACAAAAUGCAGCACAAGUAAAAAUUCCUUUCUAUGGUAGUUAUUCAGAAGUAGACCCAGUAAAAAUUGCAAAGGAUGGUGUAGAUGCAUUUUUAAAAGAUAAAUAUGAUUUGAUUAUUGUUGAUAGUUCUGGUAGACAUAAACAAGAAAAUGAUUUAUUUGAAGAAAUGAAACAAGUUGAAAAUUCUAUUAAACCGGAGGAAAUCAUAUUUGUUAUUGAUAGUCAUAUAGGUCAAAGUUGUCAUGAUCAAGCUAUGGCUUUUAAAAAUUCAGUAACAUUAGGAAGUAUUAUAAUUACAAAAAUAGAUGGUCAUGCAAAAGGAGGAGGUGCAUUAUCAGCAGUAGCUGCAACAGGUUGUCCUAUUACAUUUAUAGGAACAGGUGAACAUAUAAAUGACUUUGAAAAAUUUGAAGCAAAGUCUUUUGUAUCUAGAUUAUUGGGGUUAGGUGAUAUUAGUGGACUAGUUUCAACAUUAAAAGAAGUUAUAGAUAUUGAGAAACAACCACAAUUAAUGAAUAGAUUAUCCAAAGGGAAAUUUGUUUUGAGAGAUAUGUAUGAUCAAUUUCAAAAUGUGCUAAAAAUGGGUAGUUUAAGUAAAGUAAUGUCUAUGAUACCUGGGUUUGGUAAUAAUAUUAUUAGUAAAGGUACAGAGAAGGAAGGAAUUGAUAAAAUUAAAAAAUUUAUGGUCAUUAUGGAUUCAAUGACAAAUGAAGAAUUAGAUUGUAUUAAACCUCUUAAUGAUAGUCGUACUUUAAGAAUCUGUAAAGGUUCAGGUACUCGACUUCAAGAUGUAAGGGAAUUAUUAGAACAGUUCAAAUUUUUGCAAAAAGUGGCUUUAAAAAUGGGUAAAUUAGGAUUAAAAGAAAAUAACCUAGGCGGUUUAAUGAGAAAUCAAAAACAAUUUUUGAGUAGGAUGAAUAAUAUAAUGGAUCCGAAUAUGCUCAGUCAUAUGGGAGGAGCUAACAAUAUGGUUAACAUUUUGAAAGAAUUUACAAAAAUGGAAGAUUUUGGUGGUUCUAUGGCUAAUAUGAUGAAGCAGAUGGGUUUGAAGAAGUGA